AAUCAGAUCUCUGUUUUAUCUGACCUGGCAGAAAUAGUGCCGUUAUCGACCUAUUUUAAACAGCUAUCAGGUGUACAUCUCAAGAACGCACCACUAAGAUAAAGCAAACUGGUUUAACAUAACGGGAAGUGACCUUAGUCCAGCGCACAUUUAAAGCGUGAUACACUCGGGCUUGUGACCACAAGGAGUAAGAUUCAACUUACAAGUAACCAUGGCAACCAGGUGGGGAAUAUUCAGCGCAGGUAAAAUAUCUGGGGAUUUCACAGCAGGCCUACUUAGUCAGAGCCCGGAUGAGCAUCAGGUUAUUGCUAUAGCAGCAAGAUCACAAGAGAAGGCUCAAGCUUUUGCAGAUAGGUUUGGCAUCAAGAAUGCAUACGGCAGUUACAGCGAGUUGGUUCAAAAUCCAGACAUUGAUAUCGUGUACAUAGGCUCCAUUCACCCAGAGCAUCACAAGCUGAGUACGUUGUGCCUAAAUGCCGGGAAACAUGUUGUGUGUGAAAAACCCGUUACCAUGACAGUGGCUGCAGCCAAGGAAGUGUUCGCCCUUGCCAAAGAGAAGAAGCUCUUCUUCAUGGAGGGCUUCUGGUCCCGGAUGUUCCCAGUGUACCGUCAGAUCCGCCGGGAACUGGAUUCCGGCAGCCUUGGGGACAUCAAGAUAGCGACGGCAAAGUUCUGUGUCAACAACUACAGCGUCGACAGGAUGAACCAAAAGGCACAGGGGGGAGGGGGGCUCCUCGACCUCGGCUGCUACGUCGUCAUGUUUGCCGACUUCGUCUUCGGCGGAAAGCCGGAGAAAAUCAGCGUUGAGGGCACAUUAUCCGAAAGUGGGGUUGAUACUGGAGCCGCCAUCACACUCCGCUACAGUGGAGGCCGGAUCGCCAGUUUGGUUUACAACAUCACAACCUCUCAUGAAGACAAUGCUGCCACCAUCCUGGGUACAAAGGGAAGCAUCAGGGUCGAACCAAACUUUUGGGCACCAUUGAAAAUGACUUCACCUAUGGGUUCAUUCGAUUUCUCCCUCCCAAAAGGCAAAUUUGACACGUAUUAUGGUGCGCAGAGUCAUGGAUUUCAAUACGAACAGCAAUGUGUCAGAGAAUGUCUUCAGAAAGGCUUGUUGGAAUGUCCCCUAGUUACCCACGAAAGCAGCCUCAACAUCAUGGGGAUAAUCGAGACGGUCCUCAACGAACUGGGAGUCACAUACGAUUUCCCAUACACUGUUUAAGUUUUCAGCCUUGAAGGUGACAUGCUCAGCUCCGAAACUGAAGUGCAACUAACCCGCGUCAGGAUGCGCAUGAACUCGGAAGCGUGCGUACAAUCCCUAGCUAGCGCGUGCUCGGAUUCAAUCACAACCGGCGAAGACAUUGAAACGUUAACUUCCAUUGGAAGGAGUUGGUGGAUAUCAUUGUCUGAUAUUAAACAUAUAGAGUUAGUCUUGUUUUAUUCUAACAAGUC